UAUAACUCUUAAGUCGGAGCUGACGUCACUGACUCCAGACAGUUCUGGGAGGUUCUGGGAGGUUCUGGGGAAAUCGAAAGAGAGAUCUCUGCGUCUUGAACUUUCCUGAAUUCGAGACUUUCACAACUGCAGCACUAUAUAAUAGUGUUGGCUUCCGAGUCAUCUAGUACAACCACGAAAUACAUCACCAUAUGGGUGCCGACUACUACAAGGUCCUGGGUGUUCCUCGGGACGCUGGCGAAGAUGAAAUUAAGAAGGCAUACAAGAAAAUGGCUCUGAAAUGGCAUCCAGACCGCAAUGGAGGGUCUGAAGAAGCCUCGAAGAAGUUUAAGGAGAUUUCAGAAGCAUUUGAAGUCCUCAGUGACAAGAACAAACGAACCAUAUACGACCAAGUUGGUGAAGAAGGCCUCAAAGGCGGAGGAUCUGCGCCUGGCGCUGGUUUCCCUGGAUUUUCUAGCAGUUCAGGCUUCCCAGGGGGGUCCACAUUUUCAUUCACGUCUGGUCCUGGUGGCGCGCCGACAGGUGGAUAUGCACCAACUGACCCGCAAAAAAUAUUCGAACACAUAUUCAGCCAAUUUGGCGGUUUCGGGGGUGGCUCUGGAGGUAUGGGUGGUAUGGGCGGUUCUUCAAGCUUUGGUGGCAUGGGCGGUACUCCACAGUUUGGUGGCAUGGGCGGUUCUCCAAGCUUUGGUGGUAUGGGCGGUUCCCCAAACUUUGGUGGCAUGGGCGGUUCGUCAGGUUUCGGUGGCAUGGGCAGAAGUCCAAACGUUUUUGAUGAUGACGAUAUAGGUGGUGGUGGUGGGUCUUUCUUUGGGAUGCCGGGGGGCAUGCCAUCGGGGCGACAAUCUCCUAGACAUCAAUCAUCUACUUCAACUUCAACGUCAGCCCCUUCAGAAACCACUCGCCCACUAAAGCUAUCACUUGAAGAACUAUAUUCGGGUACAACCAAACACCUGAAGGUCAGCAGACGGCUAUUGAACGGCUCUACGGAAGAGAAGGUGCUUGAAAUUCAAGUUCUCCCGGGCUGGAAGAGCGGCACAAAGAUACGUUUCCCUCGAGCCGGCAAUGAGCAGCCGAACGGCGAGGCUCAAGAUCUAGUAUUCGUCAUGGAGGAGAAGCCACACGAGGUUUUCACACGGGAAGGGGAUGAUCUGAUUUGCCGCCUCAGGAUACCUUUGGUGGAUGCACUCACAGGCGUAGACGGAAAGAAGACUGUCACGGUUCUGGACGGCCGGAAAUUGCAGAUCCCAUUGCCUGGUGGCGUAGUGAAGCCUAAUCAGGAGACAAGAAUUCCCAACGAAGGGAUGCCGAUUAGGAAGCAGGGCAGCAUGAAGAAGAAAGGGGACCUCGUAGUGCGAUGGGAUGUCAUAUUCCCAGACCGUCUUACGCCCACACAGAAAGAGGGGCUGAAGAAGUUGUUGGGGUAAUCAUGUAUUAGGACAUUAUCUACCUCCAGUCUACUCCGCUCGUUAGAUUAGCAUAUUAACUGUACUUUUUAAUUUAUUUCAUGAUGGGAUAUGGUUGCUGUCACGCGGCCAUACGAUAAGCGCGUCUAGAUAGUGACAUUCAA